AUGCCAUCUGAAAACAAUAGAAACUGUGCCAUCUGUGCCAAAGACUUUGCUAGUAAAUCUGCUUUACAUCACCAUGUUCUGAAACAUUUAGGCUACAGGAGAUACUCUUGCUCAUCAUGUAGCACCUGCUUUUAUACGGAAGAGGAGAGAGAGGAACACUGUAGAGAGACUUCACACAUAAAUAUGUUUGAGAUGAAAAUCAAUCAGUACAAUGAAAUGUUAGUUAAACAAGUACUGAGAGAUAUAGAUGUUUCUGCCAAGUUUGACCUUGAUUUUGUCAUUCGGGAGCGAGCUCGAGCAGCUCUGACCUAUGAAAAAGCAGUUGAGGACUCGCCACCGCCUGUGAUGAAACGUUCACAACCCUCUUUUUCUAGUCCUAGCUCAACUAACCGUUCAAUUACCAGAUGUUCACCAGCUCCAGCUGAUCCUUCUAGUGAUAACAACGAGUCUCCUCCAAGAAAGAGGAAAACAAGUGUUCGAACGCCAGAACCCAGAAAAUCGAACUCUGCCUCUGAAAGUAACACAACUGCCGACGAAUUCGAUAGAAUACCGACUGCGGAAGGAAUAACCGCAUCAGAGUUAGUUGACUUGUCUCUGACUUCAAAAACAGAGAAAAUACGUUGUAAACUAUGCAGAACCAGAGUAGAAUCCUCAUAUGUAACCAGAAAAAACCACGUAUCUCUUCUUCAUAUGCCCAACAAUCAUAAUGAAACCGAUUAUGUUGAUAUACUCGAACACAAGAUGCAAGAAGCUUUCCCAGGAUCUCCGUACAGUGAUUAUCAGUGUCAAUUCCCAAACUGUUUCAAAAUUUAUAAAUCUCAAAGCAGUCGAAGAUCGCACGUUUUGUCAUGCCAUUUUAACUGCCAAAUCGAGUGUCCGAUGGAAGAGUGCUGUGCUGUGUUCACCGAUGCUUUUAAAGCCCAUACUCACCUAAAGGUUGAGCAUAAAUUGGUUGACGGAGCCAAAUCCAUGAAAAACACUGUUUUGAAAUAUAAGUUUGAAUAUGAGAAGAGGGCUCAUAACUCGAAACUUGAGCAGACCGUUCGUCAAGCAUUCCCUUGUCCGAUUCCCGUUCUUUCAAAGGGCUCAGAUAAAGAUGUUGGUAAAGAUUCCAUUAUCAGAGAUGGUCCAGACAGAUUGUUUGAAAGACUCCCGCCAGCUCCAAGACGUGCACGAUCAUCGUCUUCUUCAGGUUCUGAAGAAUCACCUCUCAAAACACCUCUGGGUUCCUCUACGCCAAAACGAGAUUCAGUCACUGAAAACAGAAAAGAAUUUCGAAAAUUAGAGACCGAAUUGAAACAAGCGAACAAUAGCUGCCACAGCGAGAGUCCAACUCCUGCUUCUUUGAAAGCAGAUAAAAAAAGUUCGAAAUCAGACAAGAAAAGAACAAAUGAAAAUCAGAACGGAACAGAAGGAGGAACAGGCUUGAAAAGAGUCAAAUUAGAGCCUGGGUUAGCAGAGAAUGGACAUGAAGAGUCUUCCCACGUUGGCAGCUUAGUGUCGGAUUUCAAAGAGGUUGAUGAUCCUGAUAACCAGGAUUCGAAAAGCCAUGAAAGUGGCAAGGCAGAAAUAGCUAACUCGGACUUCCAAUACGAAUCCAAGAAGAGAAAGCCAUUACUUGCUACUCCACCCUGCACCAAGAAAUUGAGCGGCAGUCCAACGGUUACUUUCAGAUUCACUCCCAAAUACACAAGCUUGACUAAUAGUAUUCUCAAACAUGUGUCUAACCACAAAAGUUGUUGA